GUUUUUGUUAUCAAUAAAUGUUUGUCCCAGCGGUAAAAAAUGAAUUUUAGGUUGUGUAAAUCGGCCUCAAAAUACCGAUUAGGUGAAUUAGAAGAUGAGUUAGGCAAUGUAUUUAAGACGCCUGCUUGUAUUUUUUAUACCGGAGGAGGGCAGAUUCCGUACAUGACCAAAGAUAUUUUAGAAGACAGUAGCCUUCUGCCGUCUAUAUUACAAAUGUCUUUGAAUCAGUUUGUUCAUGCCAAAGACGCAAUAACAUCAUUCGGUCAGGGUCUGUCUGGUUUCACAAAUAUGAAGAACCAGCCCAUAUACUGUUCCACACGGGAUCCAAGUUUGACCUUGACCUCAGGCUACAGCAAGGGCAAUCAGGGGCUCUCUGUGUGGUCGUUGGGUGGAAAGUAUGUGUUUGAGGCAGAGGACUACGUGGAUUAUGUUGAAUCGCUUCGGCCUUCCAUAGUUGAAAUUCUAUGCGAGGAUUAUUCUGAUGUAAGUGCUACUAACAAGAAGAUCGAUAAAUGCACUGAGAAGUCGUUUAAUUUUCUGAAGAGAUGCAUAGAAAGAUUCAAUAAAUCGGAUGUUUUAAAAGGGUCGAGAUUGAUAGCGCCGUUGAUUGGCGGUUACAACAGGCAGAAGAGGGCAGAUUAUGCCGCUAGAGUAUCUCAAUUCGACCAAGUUUUCGGUUAUAGCUUGUCAGGUUUUCACAAUUUUGGGACUGAAUCAUUUAAGAUGGAUUUUGACUAUAAUAAAGAUUUCAUUGACGUUGUGUUUGAAAAGGUUCCAGAGGAUAAGUUGAGAAUCCUGCCUGGUUCAUUCACUCCACUGCAAAUCAUACAAGCAGUCAGAUGUCAUCUUGAUGUUUUUGAUUCUUCAUACGCUUAUUGGGCUUGUGAGUCAAAGGCGGCCUUGACAUUGAACUUGGAAGUUGAAGGUCACGACCUGGCUACCUCUGGGGAUGACCUCGAUUCUAACAUUGUGUUCCUAACUGAAGCCAGAUACACCCACGACGAUAGGCCGAUAUUAAGCAGAUGUACGUGUUACACAUGCAAGAACCAUGCAAGGUCCUACAUACGGCACCUUCUACUAACUAAAGAACUUCUUGGGAGCAUACUUUUAUCAAUACAUAACCACCAUCAUCUGAAUGAAUUUUUCAUAUGCAUGAGACUGGCUAUGGAGAGUGAUGGACUGGACCACUUUGAGGCUAAAAUAAAAGAAAAAUCUCUUCCAGCUUUAAGUUCAUAAUAAUUAAUAAUGAUGAUAUUAUUUGUUAUUAUUAUUUAUAUUAUUUAACGUCUUGUCGGGUUUUUAUUCUAGAAAUGUAUUCUCAAAGUUUU